GGCAGCGCUGAUGGGGAACUGUACCUCGAUGACGGCCACUCCUUUAAAUACCGUGACCAAAAGGCCUUCUGCCUGCGAAGGUUCAGCAUGCUGUCAGGCCGUCUGCUCUGUCGUCCAGCCAGUGAAGAAGGACAAUUCGACUGUGAAACUGUUGUACAGUCAGUUAACAUCAUGGGGCUGAAGAACAAGCCAUCCAGAGUGAAAGUCCACAUGUCAGGCGCUGAAGCCAUCUCUGCUUCCUUUGAGUUCCUGGAGGCCGGCUGCAUGCUGCGGCUCAGCAACCUGAACCUCAGAGUGGGGGUGGACUGGGAGAUCCACAUCAGUUAAUCAUUGAAAAAUCCAUGACUGGUUUUCCUUUGGUCUUGAUUUCGUAUUCCUGUAAUGACAAAAUCAGUACAAAAAUGGUGGCUAAUUUGAUAAUUUAAAAGGGGCGAUAUUUGAAAGACAGAAACCCAUUAAAGUCGGGCAAUAUUUCAUUGCUGUAAUUAUUUUAACUUUUGUUUUUUAUAUGAAGAUCAGCAGCUAAUUCUGCAGUUUCUUGCAAAAGUAUUCAUGUCUCUUAAUUUUUUGUUGCAAUGUUUUCAGUUACAAUUUUAAUAGAUGAAUAAAAUGUAUUGGGGUAUUAUGAGAGACAAAUAGAUUUUCAAAAUGAUGGUGGUUUUCACUGACCUUAUCCUAAAGUAUGUGGGAGUAUGAAGUCAGAUUUCUGCCGAAAAGGGGCCCGCAUUAUAGAUAGUUAUGCAGGUAGUUUAUUUCAAAAAACACACGUUAACUACUCUCCAUGUGCAUUUUGAAUGUCAUCUAAUACAUCGCAACCAUGAGUUCAUUCUCCUCUUGCUUUUUAUAACUGUGGAUUCUCUCCUGUCAACUUUUGUCAUUUAGAGGGUGGAGCAAACCGGAGAAACUACCUGUGAUUGGCUACUCUUUAGAAAAUUCCGCCUCUUAAAACGGUUCUGUCUUUUUCUGGUUGGGGCUAAUCACGUUUGCAAAGCAUCGCCAGGCUAAUCCCAUUUCUCUCCAAGAGCAAAUUGGUUUAUUGAAGUCAUCUUUAAAUCCAAAAACAGUCCUAAAUAUGUUUGGACAGCAGUAUCAAUAUGCUCUAAAUGUUAAAUUAGGAAUUAUGUAUAAGCUUAAUUAUGUAUAAGUUUAUAUUGAGUAAAGGGAAGCUUGAAUUACCUUUUGUUUAUACUCUUCACAGCAGCAUUUACAUUUCUAGUUAGUUUGCAGCUACCUUAAGGAUUUUUUCUGUUGUUUCCAUCAUUAUGUUUAGAAACCUG